AUGCAGUUCAAUUUGAUCUGGUCCCGGUACGGUCCUAUUCGAUGUGGUCUAGUUCGGUUCAAUCUGGUUCGAUGCCAUAUGAUUCGGUCUAGUCCGUUUCUGUAUGGUUCAGGUCAAUAUGAUUCGGUCCAAUCCGGUUCAAUUCAGUUAGAUCUGUUUGGUCCGCUUCGAUCUGGUCUGGUCCGAUCUGGUUCAGUCCGUUCUGGUGUGGAGCGGUUUGGUUCGAUUCAGAGCGGUUUGGUUCGAUUCGGUCUGUUUUGUACAGUUAAGUGCGGUCCAGUUUGGUUCUGUCUGGUCCUGUCCAGUCUAGUUUGGUCUAGUCUGGUUUACUCUGGUCCGGUUCGGUUUGGUUCAAAGAGGUUUGGUUUGAUUCCAUCUGGUUCGGUUCGAUCUAGUGCGAUUCGGUCUAGUCUGGUUCAGUCUGGUCUAGUUCGGUCUGGUCUGGUUCAGUCUGGUUCAGUCCGAUAUUGUCCGAUUCAGUUUGAUCUUGUCUGGUUGGAUUCUGUUAAGAGCAGUCUUGUUCAGUCCAGUGUGGUCCAAGCAGUUUGGUUCGGAUUGGAACGGUUUGAUUCGAUUUGGUCUUGUGCGGUUCGGUCUGGUGCGGAUCGAUCUGGCGUGGUUCGGUCUGGUUCAUUUCGGUCUGAUUCGGUCUGGUCCAGUCUGGUCAAGUUCGGUCUGUUCAGUGCGGUCCAGUUUGGUUCUUUCUGGUCCGAUCUUUUCGAUCUAGUCUGUUUGGUCUUGUCUGGUUUGGUCUGGUCUGGUUCGAUACGGUCUGGUUUAGAGCGGUUUGGUUUAGUCUGGUCUGGUUCGAUUCGGUCUGGCGUGGUUUGGUCUGGUGUGGUUCGGUUUGGUCCGGUUCAGUCUGGUCUUGUUCGGUACGGUCCGAUUCAGAGCACUUUGGUUCGAUUCGGUCUGUUGCGGUUCGAUAUGGUGUACUUUGAUUUGGUCCCUUCCGAUUCGAAGAGGUCCAGUUCGAUUCUGUCUGGUCUAGUUUAG